GCAGCAGGCAAUAGACAGGCACAUCACUAACCAAAAACCUGUGAACGUGAGAGAAUAGGUCUAAUUUCAUAAAAAAACAUUCGUAAUUUUAUUGCAUAGUUCAUUGAUUACAAAUUAUACAUAAAUAAUCAUUAGUUAUGUCAUAUCAAUUAUAUAGAAACACUACGAUCGGGAAUACCUUACAAGAGAGCCUAGAUGAAUUAAUACAAUAUGGACAGAUAACACCGGCACUGGCUGUGAAAGUUUUAUUACAAUUUGACAAAUCUAUAAAUCAGGCGCUAUCAAACAGGGUAAAAUCAAGAUUAACCUUCAAAGCAGGAAAAUUAAAUACUUAUAGGUUUUGUGAUAAUGUAUGGACCUUCAUGUUGAAUGAUGUGGAGUUUCGAGAAGUACAAGAAGUUGCAAAAGUUGACAAAGUAAAGAUUGUUGCUUGUGAUGGCAAAAAUGUUGAUGACCGAAGAUAACCAUCCGCAUCAGACACAUUAGGAUUAAUUAAAAUACAUUUAAUCUACUGUACCAGAUGCAGAGAGUUGCUUGUUCAUUUCCAUGCACUUUUUCCGAUUUAAAUUGGGUAUACAUAAAUAAAUUAUAUAAGUGGUAA